AUGAAUACAAAUCCAGCUUGGCAUUCAAUAAAAUUUAUUCUAUCAGAUGCAAAUGUUUCUGGUGAAAGUGAACAUACAAUAAUGGAUUAUAUUCGUCGACAAUGUACACAGCAUCAUGUUCUUUGUAGUGUUGAUGCUGAUUUAAUUAUGCUUGGUUUACCAACACAUGAACCAUGUUUUAAAAUAAUACGUGAAGAAUUUAAACCAACUAAACCAUGUCCAUGUGAUAUAUGUGGACAAUUAGGACAUAAUAUGAAAGAAUGUAAAGGUAUUCCGAAAGGAAACUUUACAAAACAUAAUGAAUUAAUAUCAGCUAAAAAUAAUAUUGAAACUCCAUAUACAUUUGUACGACUUUCUGUAUUACGUAAAUAUCUUUAUCGAGAUUUAAAAAUUGAUUAUCAAUUAUCAUUUCAAUGGACUCUUGAACGUGCUAUUGCUGAUUGA